CCAGCCAACGGAGAGGUGCACGAACCUGCAAGAUGGCUUCCAGACGCUCUCUAACAAGACGAAAAGGUAUUCAGAGGAUGACUAUCUUCAGAUUAUCACAAAUAUACAGAGCUGUCCGUGGAAACGACAAGUAGAAGAAUAUAAGGAUUUUAGGGCAAAACUUGCUUCCUGUUGUGACGCUGUGCAAAACUUCAUUGUUUCUCAAAAUAACACUCCAGUCGGGACUAACAUGAGUUACGAGGUGGAAAGAAAAAAUGCAAUCCUAAUUAGAAAGAGCAUUUUUAAUAUGUUUCCAGUGUCGCAGCCUUUUGUGGAGCGCCCUUACAAUCAGUGUGCAGUGGUUGGAAACGGGGGGAUUCUGAAUAAGUCUCUCUGCGGAGCUGAAAUAGAUAAAUCUGACUUCGUUUUUAGGUGUAACCUUCCCCCAACAACAGGAAAUGUUAGUAAAGAUGUUGGCAGUAAAACUAACCUUGUGACCAUAAACCCAAGUAUCAUAAGACUAAAAUAUGGGAACCUAAACGAAAAGAAAGCAGUAUUUCUAGAGGACAUCGAAGCCUAUGGAGAUGCAUUUCUUCUGCUGCCGGCGUUCUCCUUCAGGGCCAACACCUUUGCCUCUUUUAAAGUGUACAGCACGCUGGAAGAAUCUAAGGCAAGACAAAAGGUUAUAUAUUUCCAUCCCAAGUACCUGAGGAAUCUUGCCCUCUUCUGGAGAACUAAAGGCGUGACAGAGUACCGCCUGUCCUCUGGCUUGAUGAUCGCGAGUGUGGCCAUUGAGCUGUGUGAGAACGUGAAACUGUAUGGAUUUUGGCCCUUCUCCAAAACUGUGCAGGACACACCUGUCAGCCAUCACUACUAUGACAACAGUUUGCCUAAACGUGGUUUCCAUGAGAUGCCCAAGGAAUACAGCCAAAUUCUUCAACUUCACAUGAAAGGAAUCCUCAAAUUACAAUUUAGCAAAUGUGAAAUAGCCUAACCAAAGUGACUUAAAAUGGGAAUCGUUGUAAUGUAAUGCUAUAGGUGAGUAACAAUGUUUCCGAACACAGAAACUGGUGGUUGUAGGGUAUAAUAGGAGGAGCCCCAUACUUAGUUUGAUCAAAGCUCCCCACAAAAUGUGCAACCUCAGCAACUCAUUCAGUUGUUCUGAUCUUCAAUUUCCCUGACUGUACAAUGGGGACCAGGAUAUCUAACUCACAUUAGGAAAAUAUGAAAAUCUAUGAAAACUCUUGGCAAACUAUUUGCCUGAGGUAAGUACUCAAAGUCUGUUUCCUUUUGAUAGUUAUAACAUUUCCACCCUCACCAGACUGAUAAUAAAAGGUGUGCUGUUUGAAA